AUGCCACCAAGAAAGAAGAAUAAUGUAGAUUUGGAAAUCCAUGAAGAUGAUUCCAAUUACAAACUCAAAGUUGGAGACGACAUCUGGAUGCCAACAUACACAGCUUCAACAUCUGCAGAGGAAGGAAGUCAAACUCCCUCUACACCAACAGGAGAACCUUCUUUCCAUUUGGGAACAGUGAUUUCAAUUGAUGAGUCAAAACAAACAUGUUUGUGUGAAAAUUCAUUGACCAAACAACAAGAAACUCUCAAGUUGAAUACAGUUUGUCCUGCCAAUCCUCUCAAAUUAGAUUACUCGGUAGAUAUGGCCUCCUUGUCUCAUCUCAAUGAACCUUCUGUACUUCACAAUCUCAAACUGAGAUAUCAACGAGAUGACAUUUAUACCUAUUCUGGUUUGUUCUUGUUGGCUGUAAAUCCAUACAAGAAUUUACCAAUUUACAGUAAUGAGGUCAUAAAAAAACAUGCUGGAAAGAGACGAGAUGAUGUUGAGCCUCAUAUUUUCUCUGUCGCUGAUGUUUCAUAUAGACAAAUGUUGUUGAAUGAGAAGAAUCAGAGUAUGUUGGUUACAGGUGAAUCAGGAGCUGGUAAAACUGAAAGUGUCAAAAAGAUCAUUCAAUACCUUGCCACAGUGGCUGGUGCUUCUCAUCAUCAUCAAGGAGGUAAUUUGGAGCAAAAACUCUUGCAAACCAAUCCUCUUCUCGAAGCUUUUGGUAACGCCAAAACGUUGAGAAACAAUAACUCUUCACGUUUUGGUAAAUUCAUUUCCAUCGAUUUUGGUCUUCAAGGAAUCAUUGUCGGAACUAAAAUUACUCACUACUUACUUGAAACCACACGUGUGUUGAAUCAGGCCAAUGGUGAGAGAAAUUUCCACUUCUUUUAUCAAAUCUUAUCGGAUCCAGAGGCCCGAAACAAGUACAAAUUGACUGGUGGUGUCAAUUCAUUCAAUUACGUGAAUCAUUCAGGAUGUACAAAUGUUGCUGGAAUUGAUGACAAGAAGGAAUUUGAGGAUACUUUGAAUAGUAUGCGUGUGAUUGGUAUUUCCGAAGAUGAAAUUGAUUCAUGUUGUCGAGUCAUUGCUGCCAUUCUUCAUUUGGGUAACGUUGCUUUUGUGGAUGAAGAUGAAUUGUCAACUUUACCUGCAAGCAAUCGUGGCCCAUUGGAAGUUGCUUCUGAAUUACUGAAGGUCAAUCCUGAUGGUUUGGCAAAGGGCUUUAUGAAACCAGAUAUUGUCACACCAACCGAUCGUAUUGAAACUCACGUAACAGCUCUCCAAGCUACCUACAAUAGAAAUGCUCUCGUCAAAUCAACCUAUAAUCGUCUCUUUGAUUGGCUCGUUUCACGUAUCAAUGAAAACUUAAUCUCCAAAGAAGUCAUCAAAAACUUUAUUGGAUUGUUGGAUAUUGCUGGUUUUGAAAUUUUCGAACAUAACAGCUUUGAACAAUUGUGCAUCAACUAUACCAAUGAAAAACUCCAACAAUUCUUCAAUCAUCACAUGUUCAAGAAAGAACAAGAAGAAUACUUGAAGGAAAAGAUUGAAUGGACCUUUAUUGACUUUGGUUUGGAUUUACAACCAACCAUUGAUUUAAUUGAGAAACCUCUCGGUAUCUUGUCCGUAUUGGAUCAACAAACCUUCAUGGCUCAAAAGAACGAGGCUGGUUUGGUGAGAGAAAUUACCAAGAAUCAUGGCAACAAACCCAUCUUUGAGACAAGCAAAUUCAAUGAACUUGAAUUUACACUCAAACACUAUGCUGGAAAGGUUGUGUACGAUACCAACGAUUGGUUCAAACGUAAUGUGGAUCCUCUCAACGAUGAUUGUAAAAAGACCAUGUUGAAAUCUCAAAAUCCUUUCGUGAAGGCUCUCUUCGAUAGACCAUCGGAUCGUGAUGAUGCUUCCAGCAGUGGUGGUAGUAGUAGCUCCAAGAAGCAAGGAGGAGGUGGUACCCGAUUCAAGACCGUUGCUGCCCAAUACAAACAACAAUUGAGUGAAUUGAUGGAAUUGUUGGCCAGUACUGAGCCUCACUUUAUUCGUUGCAUCAAACCUAAUAAUUUGCAAAAGCCAGGUAUCAUUGAAGAUUACAAUGUGCUUCAUCAAUUGAGAUGUAACGGUGUCUUGGAAGGUAUCAGAAUUAGCAGAAAGGGUUAUCCAGGUCGUAUCUUGUAUAAGGACUUUGUUCGUCGUUACGAAUUAUUAGUUGAAGAUAAGACCAAAUUGGCCGAUAAGAAUGCAUCGGAUAAGGAUAAGGCUAAGGCCAUUCUCAAUUAUAUUGAAUUUGAGGAAACUACUCAAUACAAGCUCGGUCUCACCAAGGUCUUCUUGAAAGCCUCUCAAGAAGCUGAAUUGGAAUCUCUUCGUGAGGUACAAAUUUCCAAAUACAUUAAUGUGGCACAAGCUGCUGCAUUGGCUGCUUUUGAAAGAGCAACCUAUAGAAAGUUGCAAAGAAGAUUACUCAGUAUCAAGACCAUUCAACGAAACUUUAGAGGUUACAGUAAGUUACGUGAUUGGGAUUGGUGGAGAUUGAUUGGACUCGUGAAACCUCUCCUCAAGGAAUUUGCUUCUGAAAAGCAAACUGAAAAGUUGAAGCAAGAUUUGGAUCAACUCAAGGAAAGUCUCCAAAAGGAACAAGAAGAGAAGAAGAAACUUGAUUUGGAGAAACAAAAGAUGGUUCAAGAACGUGAUGUUGCUAAGGAAGCACUCAAAGCCGCUCACAAUGAAAUUGAAAAGUUAGCCUCUCAGAAUCGAACUCUUGAACAAACCAUUUUGGAUAAGGAGCAAAACAUUAAGAAUUUGCGAGAUGAUAUCGAGUACAAGACAAGUAAUCUCACCGAUCAAGACAAGAAAUUGAAUGACUUGUAUGAAGUGGUAAAGACUCUCAAUGAGAAGAUUCACAAUUUGGAAGAAUCCAUCCGUUCUAAGGACAUUCAAUUGAAGCAAAAACAACAAGAUAUUGAGAAUCGUGAGGCUGAUAUUGAAUUCUUGAGAAAGAAACAAAAGGAAUUGGAGAGUGAAUUGGAAGAUGAAAAGUCUCGAUACAACUCUGAAAACAAGAACAGAUCCCAAAAGGAAGAAGAUCUUAGAAAAUCAGAGCAAACCAAUAAGAAACUGAGACAAGAAAUUGAACAAGUUCAAAAGGAGAAGGAUGAUCUCAGUUUGGAGCUCAACAAACUCAAACUCGAGAAGAAGAAUGUCGAGGAAGAAAGUGAGAAGAAGCAAAGACAAGUCGAAGAUCUCACUAGAAAGCUCGACAGUGCUCAACAAAAUGCUCGUGAAAUUCAAGCCAAAUUGGAGAAUGAACAACAAACACUCAAAUCCUCAGAAACUAAGGGUAAAAUGCUCUCCAGUGAUUUGGAGACGGCCAAUGCCAGAAUUCAAGCAUUGACUGAAGAGAUUCAUACUCUCGAGGAAACUAUUGCUUCUCAAAAGUCUCAAAUUCAAAACCUCACUACCAAGAUUUCUAAUUUGGAAGAAGUUGAAAUUAGAAAUCGUGACACACGUAUCAAGGAUUUGGAAAAUACCUUGCAAGAACAAAAGGCAAGAUAUGAGAACGAGGUGAACAUCAAGAUUCAAGAGUUCAUGAGAUUGAAGAAACAAUCCGAUCAAGAUCGUCAAGAUGCCGAACAAUUGCAAUCUAAAUUGGCUCAAGAAAAGAAGGAUCUCUCCGACACUGUCAAGAAUCUCGAAAAGGAAAUCAAGAAAUUGAACAAGACCAUUGAGAUUACCAAUCUUGAGAAGAAUGACACUCUCCAGAAGGUCUCCAAAUUGGAUCAAUCCUUGAACCAAGCUGGUGACGAGAAGGAACGUCUCGCUAAAUUACUCCAAGACUAUGAGAAUACUCAGCGACAACUUUCCAACGAGAAGAAGGUUUUGGAAUUUGAUUUACAAACUGCCAAUGAAAAGUUUGCCACCACCAGCGCUCAACUCGAGAAGGUCACCAAUGAAUUAAACGCUGAAAAGAAUAGAAACUCCAAACUCGAGAAUGAUUUGGAAGAUUUGGAGAGAGAAAAGAAGUCUCUCACAGAUCAACUCAACAAGAACAAGUCAGAGCUUGAGAACGAGAAGGCUCUCACUCUCAAAUUGAAGGGAGAACAACAAAAGUUGAGCACCGAUCUCGAAAAUAUCAAACUCGAGAGAGGAACACUUUCAAAAGAUAAGGACGAUCUCAAGAAUGAAAUCUCUCAACUCAGUGCUCGUGUUGAGCAAGCUCUCAAGGAAAAGGAACACGAAAGCUCUGAGAAGACUCAAGCUCAAAAGAAGGUUUCUUCUCUCGGAAAGGAAUUGGACAAGCUCGAGCAAAGAAUUAACGAGUUGGAGGCUCAAUUGAAAUUGGAGCAAAGCAACAAGGAAGAAGUGGAGACCACUCUCAAACUCAAGCAAUCUUCAUUGGCUGAAACUACUGAGGAAAUUAAAUCGUUAAAGAUCAAGUUGCAAUCGGUUCAAAGCGAACUUGAAAUUGCCAACUCGAAACUCCAAGAAGAGGUCAAUAAGAAUCAACGUUUGAGAAACGAAUUGAAGAAUUCUGAGAAUAAGACCAAGGAAUCCAAUGCUGAGAGAGACGACUUGGAAGAUGAAAUUUCCUCUCUCAAUUCUCAAAUCAAUGAAUUGAGUUUGAAACUCCAAGAUGCUGAGAGAAAGACUGAACAAGAGAUGCGCAAUUGUAAACAACUCGAAGAUGAGAUUGAAAAUAUUCGUCGUGACGCUUCUCGAUCUCGUGAAGAUGUUGAAAACGACAAUAGACAAUUGAAACAACAAAUGUCCACAUUGACUCAACAAAGUGAACAAUUCGGACGUGAAUUGUCUGAUCAACUCAACAAACUCAAACAAGAGAAUUUGAAGCUCAAGAAGGAUUUGAAGAAUGCCAAGCGAGAUCAACAAGAAUCUAACACUGGAGCUGUCGACUCUCAAAUUGUUGAAGCUCUCAGAAGAAAGUACGAAAUUGACAUUGCCAAUUUGAAAUCUCAAAUCGAUCAAUUGAGUCUUCUCAAACACAAUUUGGAGAAUAAGAACAUUACGAUCGAACAAGAAAACUUGUUACUCAAAUCUCGAUUGGAAACUGAGGAAAAACUCAAGAAGAAAUAUCAAGCACAAAAGCAACACGCUGAUAAGGAAAUUGAAGAAUUGAGAAGUUUGGCUGAGGAAUCGGAAGAUUUACGAGAUGAAUUGGUGAGACUUCGAUCUGAAUAUCAAUUAACCAUUAGCAAAUUACAAAGUGGUCUCAACGAUGAAAAGGAAAGAUACAACUCUUUGGAUAAGACUCUCCAACAAACUCGUAAAGAGCUUGAUCAAGUGAAACUCGAUCUCAUGAGUGAACGUAAAAAGUUGGAUCAAAACAAUGUGGCUGGAAAACAACAUUACGAAAUGGAAAUUGCCAAUUUGAAUCAAUUGAUUCAAGAAUUGAGAAAGGAUAAGGUCGAUUUGGUCAAACAAGAAAAGAAGACUGCUCAAAAGUUGGCCGAUUUGAAACGUGAUCUUCAAGAAGAACUUUCACACAAGCAAGAAUAUGAGAAGAAGGCUUCAAAGGCUGAACGGGAAGCUAGAAUUGCUACAUUGAAUUUGCAAGAAACUGAAACUAGAUAUCGAAGAGUGGAAUCUGAAAAGAAACGUUUAGAAUUGGAAGAUUCCAUGAAUAGAGAACAAAUUAAACAACUUGAGAAUGAGCUCGAAAAUGUGAGAAAUCAAUUGAAACAAGAAAAGAUUAAGAAUGCAACAAAGAGUGAGCAAAAGAAGAGAAAGAAUCAAGUGAGAAAGGUUCUUGCUGAUUUGGAAGAUGACUUGAUGAAUGAACAACAACAUCGAGGUAGUGUCAUGGAUGAAGUUGCUACUGCUGAACAAGAUGGAGUUGGUGGAUCGAACCAUACAGUAGUUCCAGCUGAAAGUACUCAAGAAUAA